AUGGUGAUCAUAUUCUCCAAAAGCCUGGAAAAGAAGAAGGGUGUCAAUGAUGUAAGGCCCAAGAGCAGCGAACGACGGCCGCGUGAGCGCCACACCAUGAGCAGAGGGACGACCCUCUUCUCUUGUGGAACUGCUGAGGCAGACAGAUGGCUGAAUCCAGGGCGAAGCUUCCAGUCAGGUACCAGUCUGGAAAGCCUGUGGGAUGCGAUGCCUGAGCCGGGCACUACCACAGCUAUCACCAACCUGAUCAGAGAUCUCAGCCUGGCUGAAGGCGCCUUGAACAAAACCAACCCCGUCGUCCCUGCCGCUUUGCACUACACCACUACCGCCACCGGCCAAGCUCCCACGGCGCCCCCCAGCAAGCGUCAGUGUCGCUCUUUGUCCUUGUCCGACGAAUUCGGCGGUUUUCGCUCAUCGUGGCGGCCUCAGGGAUCCCGAUUGUGGACUGCGGUGGAGAAGCGACGGUGCUACAGCGGGGGGAGUGUCCGCACUGGCGGAGGGUUCUCUAGCAGUCACUGCCCUGCCAUGCAGCGGAGCUCCAGCUUCAGUUUUCCUUCAUGCACCGGCAUCCCCACCGAUGGACCUUUGGAACUGCCCUUCUUCAACCAGAGACUGCCAGCCCACCCUCACUUUACAGCCUCUCCGGUGUCCCCCAGCUCUCCUUUCUUCCAAACUCCCCAGUCCUACCGCGGCCCCUUCCUGCGACCUCUCUCCCUCUCCCACGAGCAGAUCAGCCUGCCUGAACUCCAAACGGAAGAGGCUUCUGAGGCCAGCUCUCCAGACUCCACCCCAGAACUCGGGCGGCGGUCCGGCCAGAGGAACGACGGUAACGGCUGUCUGUCUCGGAGCAGGUCACAGCCCUGCGUGCUGAACGAUAAAAAGAUUGGGAUGAAGCGGCGGAGACCUGAGGACGCUCAUGAGCAGAGGCCUUCUCUGGACCUUGCCAAGAUGACUCAGCAACUCCAAACGUUCCAGAGCUUGAGUUGCCCAGGCUUCUCUUUCUUCGACAGCUGCCGAUCCGAUCCGCCCCCGGCGAGCCAACGGCAAUCGGAAUUCACCACCGUUUCCGAGCUGGGACUUGAUCACCGGCAGGAGGUGACCGGAGACGGCGAGGAUUCGUCAGAUGAGGAAGCAGACAGCGAUUCUGCUUGUAGCGUGGGGUCCAGAUCUGGCUCGCCGCCGGGCGAAGUUACCCUCUGGAAGGGCGACCGUGGAGCGAGCAGGGACAUUUUCCAGCUUGGGGGAGAGCUUGACCUGGAGCAGAUUGAGAGGAAUUGA